ACGCUCCACUGCUUCGUCAUUGAGAGGCGCCGACGCCUCUGUAGGAGAUUGUAGGAAGGCAGCUAUGGCGAGUCCCGCUGCCGCCUUCGUGCGGCCGCCCAGACCUAAGAAAGAGCCGCAGACGCUUGUCAUCCCCAAGAAUGCGGCCGAGGAGCAGAAGCUCAAGCUGGAGCGGCUCAUGAAGAACCCGGACAAGGCAGUUCCAAUUCCAGAAAAAAUGAAUGAAUGGGCACCUCGACCUCCCCCGGAAUUUGUCCGAGAUGUCAUGGGUUCCAGUGCUGGGGCUGGCAGUGGAGAAUUCCAUGUGUAUAGGCACCUGCGGCGGAGAGAGUACCAGCGGCAAGACCACAUGGAUGCCAUGGCCGAGAAGCAAAAACUGGAUGCAGAGUUUCAGAAGAGAUUAGAAAAGAAUAAAAUUGCUGCAGAGGAGCAGACUGCUAAGCGCCGGAAAAAGCGGCAGAAGUUAAAAAAGAAGAAGUUAUUGGCAAAGAAGAUGAAACUUGAACAGAAGAAACAGAAAGAAGGACCCAGUCAGUCUGAGGAGCAGCGAGCCAGCAGCUCUGAGGAGGCGUCUGGAACGGAGGAGGAGGAGGAGCCCAGUUUCAUCAUGGGGUGAUGAGUUUGGACAGCGUCUGUUGGGAGCCCAGCGCAUUCUGUGACCAACCUCGGAAAGGAAAGAGGCCACAUGGCCCAGGAGCUGGACUCUCUGCUUUGGGAAAAGGCAGGAGCCCCUUCAGCUUGCAGCCCUGCUUGCCUGGGAGACUCUUGCCUGGGAGCAGGGACUGUUCCCUAGACACCCACAGCCUGCCUGCUGUGUCCUUUCUGCAGAAGGGAAGGGAAAGUGUCUCAUCCUCCUGCUGGUGCAGUGAACUUGGGCUGGUUUCUGUGAAGGGAAUAUUUAUUUAGUAAAGAGCAGAAAACUUA